AUAAAUGCAGCUGGACUCAGCCACUGUGUUUCUGAGGCCUUUGGGUCAUGAAGUGGAUACUGUUCUUGGGAGCCCUUAUUGGCUCGGGCAUCUGCUGCCAACAAAAAUUUCGCGGGGACCAGGUUUUUAGGGUUAAUGUCAGAAAUGGAGACGAGAUCAGCAAACUGACUCAGCUAAUGGAUUCAAACCAUUUUAAGCUCAAUUUCUGGAAGUCUCCUUCCAACUUCAAACGACCUGUGGAUCUCUUGGUCCCAUCCAUCAAUCUGCAGUCAGUCAAACACUUCCUGAAGACCCAGGGCUUGGAGUACUCAGUGACAAUUGAUGACCUACAGGAUCUUUUAGAUAUUGAAGAUGAAGAAAUGCAACUCAAUGAAGGGAAAGAGCGGAGUGAUAGUAAUUUCAACUAUGGGGCAUACCAUUCCCUGGAAGCUAUUUACCAUGAGAUGGACAGCAUUGCCGCUGAUUUUCCUAAGCUUGCGAGCAGGGUGAAGAUUGGACAGACCUUUGAAAAGCGGCCGAUGUAUGUACUGAAGUUCAGCACGGGAGGAGGCAAACGACGGCCGGCCAUUUGGCUGAAUGCAGGCAUUCAUUCUCGAGAGUGGAUCUCGCAAGCCACUGCCAUCUGGACGGCGAGGAAGAUUGCGUCUGAGUAUGGGAAUGAUCCAGCGGUCACCUCUAUCUUGAAGAAAUUGGAUAUUUUCUUGUUGCCUGUGGCCAAUCCUGAUGGAUAUGUGUACACACAAACCCAAAACCGGUUAUGGAGGAAGACGCGGUCCCUGAAUCCUGGAAGCCACUGCAUUGGCACUGACCCAAACAGAAACUGGAAUGCGAGUUUUGCAGGAAAAGGAACCAGUGAUAACCCUUGCUCUGAAGUGUACCAUGGCCCACAUGCCCAUUCUGAGGUGGAGGUGAAAUCAGUAGUGGAUUUCAUUCAACAACAUGGGAAUUUCAAAUGCUUCAUUGACCUGCACAGCUACUCACAGCUGCUGAUGUAUCCCUACGGGUACACAGUCAAAAAGGCCCCGGACGCCGAGGAGCUGGAUGAGGUGGCAAGGCGUGCGGCCAAAGCCCUGGCUUCCCUGUCAGGUACUGAGUACGAAGUGGGCCCGACCUGCACCACUGUCUAUCCUGCCAGCGGGAGCAGCAUUGACUGGGCAUAUGACAAUGGCAUUAAGUACUCAUUCACGUUUGAGUUGAGAGAUACAGGGCAUUACGGCUUCCUCCUGCCUGCCAACCAAAUCAUCCCUACUGCGGAGGAGACCUGGUUGGGGCUGAAGACCAUCAUGGAGCACGUGCGGGAUAAUCUCUACUAA